CAAUGGGAUGUGUUGGCGUGGAGCUCCUCCCCCAUAUGUAGCACCGCCCCAUACUUCAGCCUGCAGCCAGGUGUACUUGCGAUCUGCUGCUCUCCUGCGAUACAGACAGAAUCCAGAGACUCUGUGGAGAUGUUGACGAUGACGUCACAGACGGGUGUGAUGUGUUGUAAAUCAGUAGGAACAGAUCUGUCCAUGCUGGAUAUUGAUGAUUUCAUCACAGAAAUCUGUCAGCUGAAGAAAGAGGUGGCGUUACUGGAGGCAAAGCUGAGGGCAAGAGGAGAUGAACACAACACAGAGAUUGUGGUAAAGGUUGAGACCUACCAGACAGACGCUCAGGAGACUGCUUCUGACAGCAAUCACAGCUUGAAUCAGGAUGAAUCUACUGAUCAAACCUCCACAGAGUCUCUGGAUUCUGUCUGUGUCUCUGGAGAACAGCAGAUCCUGUACACCAAACCACUGAAGAUGUGUUCUGUCAAACUGAUGGACUGCAGGAAACUGAUGGAGAUUAAAACAGAACCCAUAGUAAAGCAAGAACAAACUGACGAAGAUAAAGAUUUGUUUUCUUCAGUGAAACUGUUAAACAGCAUGAACAUGAUGGAGAUAAAAACAGAACCCAUAGUAAACCAAGAACAAACUGACGAAGAUAAUGAUUUGUUUUCUUCAGUGAAACUGUUAAACAGCAUGAACAUGAUGGAGAUAAAAACAGAAUCAACAGCAGAGGAACUUUACACGGAUGAAGAUGAGUAUAACGAUGAUGAUGAUGAUUUUAUUCUUUCAGAUGAGAGCAGUGGUUUGUGUUGUGAUGGAGAAACAGCCUCUACAUCAAAUCAGCGACUGACAGCACAAACUCUUUCCUGCAUCACCCGUGGAAAGACAUUCAGUUCACAGAGACAUUUAGAGACACAUGAGAGAAAACACACAGAACAGAAACUCUUCACCUGCACCAGAUGUAACAUCAGCUUUCCUACCAUACAAGAGAAGAAACUUCAUUCACAAGAGCACAGAGAGAAGACACAGUUUCACUGUGAGCAGUGCGGGAAGAAUUUUGUCUCCUCUUCAAGUCUGAAGAUCCACAUGAGGACACACAGUGAAGAAAAGCGUUUCAACUGCAGUGAAUGUGACAAAUAUUUCAGAACCAAACGAAAUCUUGCUACUCAUAAGAGAAUUCACAAGAAAAUGGAAAAACCACACAAGUGUCCUCACUGUGAGUGGAGAUUCAGGUACACGUUCCUUCUGACGAAACAUGUGCAAUUACACACAGAUGAGAGACCGUAUCAGUGCAGUGAAUGUGGAAAAACCUUUAAGCAGUCAUAUGAUCUAAAGUCACACCAAAGAACACACACUGGUGAGAAACUCUAUCAAUGUUCACGCUGUGAUAAACGAUUCCUUAAAAAAUCAAAUCAGAUGAUCCAUGAGAGAAUUCACACUGGAGAGAAACCUUAUAUCUGCUCUCACUGUGGAAAGAGCUUUUCUAAUCCAUCUAAUUUCAGAGAUCACCAGAGAAUUCACACUGGAGAGAAACCUUAUUACUGCACCGCUUGUGGAAAGAGUUUCGGUCGAUAUGACACUCUAGAAAAACAUAAGAGAAUUCAUACAGGAGAGAAACCUUAUAAAUGUUGUCAGUGUGACAAGACGUUUGCUCGAUCAGAUGGCCUGAAAACCCAUCAGAGAGUUCAUACUGGAGAGAAUCAGAAGGAACAUGCUGAAGAACAAACUGUACUAGAAUCAUCAUAGUCUUUUACUUUUUUUAUAAACAGUGUCUGCCUGAUAAUUGUUUUUUGUGUGUGAGAUUUUCUGCAAUCUAUGUAUUGUGUAAUUUCUGAGCACAUAUGAACACAAACAAGAUGAGACAUACAAACACAUGAUACAAAUGAGAAAUACCUAAAAAGUAUUAAGAAGUAUUCAUAGAAACAUUAGAAGACAUAGAUGGGUUGAUCUGAAAUCACAUUUAAUCAAGAAUGAUUACAUAUAAGUAGGUUUAUGAUGAUGAUUUGAUUAUUGAAGACAAACUGAUGUUUUAAUGAUACAAUCUGUACCUGUAACCAAUGAUUAUUCAUAUAAAUGCACUUGAUGAGACUUUAAGCUUGUUUAAGAGCACAUUUGAGCACUGAACCAUUGAAAAAUCAAGUAAGGCCUCAGAGGCCUGCGGCCUUCAAGAGUUGAGACAUUGGAAACCUAGGUACUUUCCACAGACCAUCUGGACCAUUGUGUAAAAAUAUAUUUUAAAAAAUUAGGUAAUAGCCAGCCUACCACGAAUAAAUACGUAUCUUGUUGCUUGGGAUAUAUUGGUGGCAGAAAAUCAACAAUUGGUUAAUAAAAAUAAGAGAUAACGGGAAUCUACCCGAUUGGUUUUAGAAAGGACCACUUUAGAAGUUUCACUAUAACUGUAGACUGAAAACACUUGGUUUUUAGAUGACUUGGAACAUCUCACUUUGUUUGACUCCAGUAAAUAAAGUUAACUCUUUGACACCUGGACCUUCACCUGGACCCAAUUUAGAGUUCUGGAUUCACAUUUAAAACUAACUUUGUAACCAUUAUAAUAAACGGUUCAUUUUUUGUUACUAAUGUACAGUCAGCCGGUUGUUAUCGCAAGAAUAAAUCCUGACAGUGAUCAGGACCCAACGCGAAGCGGAUACUCUUACAUCACACUGAAGGGGUUAUUAGAGAUCAGCGAGUCAAUUGAAGCUCAGUGAAUCAAUCGCAGAUCAGUGAAACCAUGAGUGAAUUAUUUGGAGAUGAGUGAAUCAAUUUUGAAAUUUCAAUAAAAAUGGUCUAAAUAAUCCAAACUAUUGACAGAUUGUUGACAAACAACUUAAUACUUAGUUAAAUACAAAGGUAUACAGUUUUGACUUGUGUGA